GGCGGGCAGGAGCCUCCCUUUGAACAAUGAACUAGUUCCCGCGCCAAGAUCCUGAAUAAUUGAAGCUGCAACAGAGCACGGGAUAAGCUAACGCCAUGAUCAUAAUUGGUUUACGGCCUUUGUUCCGCCUCCGUGGCACAACGCAUUUCAAUUGGCAGCGACCCCAAAGUCAAAUCAAAUUACGCCCCAGCACGUGCCACGAGUGCGUGGCCAACAAUGCUUUGCUUUGGCCACAAAAAACUGGAACAGCGUCCAGCGAUGUUCGCUGCAUUUGUAAGCGCGGCCUUCGAUGGUCCAGCGUCACGGCAUGGCACGGCACGGCCUCCCCCUCGUUCGAUGUGUCAGACUGUGUAUAAAAACUGCACAGCGCCAGCAAUCCAACAUCAAACAGAGCUCACAGCUUUAAGCCAACACAGCCAACAAACCCACAAGAAAACAAUCCAAAAACCAUCAACAUGAAAUACUUCGCUAUUUGCUUCUUCGCUCUGGUGGCUGUGGCUUCGGCCAAGCCUGGCCUGCUGGCUGCCGCUCCUCUGGCCUACACCGCUCCAGCUGUGGUGGGCAGCGCUGCCUAUGUGGCACCUUAUGCCUCCAGCUACACUGCCCACUCGGUGGCACAUAGCGCUGCCUUCCCGGCUGCCUACACCGCUCCCAUUGCUGCCGCUUACACCGCGCCUGUUGCCGCUCCGUUUGCCGCUGCCUACACCGCUCCAGUGGCACGUCUGGCCUCGCCCUACGCCGCUGCCUACACUGCACCGUUCGCCUCGCCCUAUGCCGCUGCCUACACCUCUCCCUUGGCCUACAGCUCGCCCCUGGCCGCUCCAGUGGCGGCUGCCUACAGCGCUCCCCUGCUGCUGAAGAAGUAAAUCCGACCAAAUCUCUGACCAAUUUGUGUAAAUAAAGAAUUUCAUACAUCAA